UGUAGCUGUCAUUAUACGGCAAUCGAGCUGCAGUAAUCCGGAGAAAUAUCUUGAAAUGUAUUGUAAAUUGUAAUGUUGUUUUUAUAUUAUCAAUUUUGUAGGUACUAUUUCAGAGAGUUAAAUAAAUUUACCUGUGAUUAACAGUACGUAACAAGUAAGUUACGACACUACAGAAGGACCGGCUAACCUAAAUAAAAAGUCAAAGGAGUGCUUCAGUGUAUUUCAGUAUAAAAUGGACGUCCUUACGAGGCCUGCCGAGGAGUUCGGCAACGAUGAGACCCUGGAACACCUGUGGGCAGCGAGGGCAAUGGAGCAUAGUGAUAUUUAUUUUAACGUCCUGUGCUCAGUAGACACAAGGUGGCUCAGAUUGACACCCCACGAUGACCUCAUAUACAAUCACUUCAGGCAAGACUUCCCCGACUUAGAUGUAUCAUACAUAAAAGAGAAUGAAAUCAAGAACAACACUAACAAAGCCAAAUGGCGUGUAUUCUGCGAAAAAUUUAAAAACAUCGUCGAAGACUACAGUUUUGGAACACUCCUGCGUGCAGACACAAAAGGCGAUUAUUCAGAGCAAAACACAAUUUUAGUGCCUCGAGUACAGUUUUAUGCGAUAGAAAUUGCCAGAAAUAGGGAGGGAUUAAACAAUGAAGUCAAAAAGAAGUUUAAAUGUGCAUCCAAAGCACAGAUGGAAGCUCAGAACAAUGCAGCAGAAGUUGCUGCGUGAAAUGGACCUUUAAUAGAAUCUUGUUGCCAGAUUAAUAUUUGUUACUUGGCAUCUUAAUAUAUAAAACGAAAAGGUGACUGACUGACUGACUGAUCUAUUAAUGCACACCAGGGGUCAGCUAGUUAUGAAACAAAAUUGAAAAUGGCAUUACUAAAAGCCAUAAAGCAAAAAACGAAGAAAAUAUACAAAACAUUUCAUGUUGUACCCAUCAAUAAAAUUCUCUUAUAUCUCAUCCCCAAAAACUAAUACCAGUCUGAGGAGCAUUUAUUAAUCUGGAACUUAGUAUUUAAGAAUAAAUAAAAUAGCUAUGUUCACUGAUAGAAAACCUGACACUGACUGAUUGAUAAGAUAAUCUUUCAAAUAAGUACUGUAUUGAUGGCUAUUGAUGGUAAUUUGCUGUGAUUGUAAAAAUAUGCUGUGGUUACAUGAUUUUCAAAUUCAGUUCUACAUUUAUGUACCUACUUAGUAGUAUUGGUUGCAGAUAGUAGUAGGUAUGCCGAAUUUCUUUAGAGGAAUAUUAUGAAGAUAUAUCAAACUUUAUUUUGUGGAAGAAAUGGCUAGAAUAAAAUAUCUACAGUUAUAUAGGACGUUUAUUAAAAUUUCAUCAUCAUCAUCAUUAUAUCAACCUAUAGAUAUCCAGUCAUAGGUAUCUGGUAGGGAUUUCCAGUUUGCCAGUUUCGCGCCAUCUGAAUCCUGCGACAAUAUAAAGUUUAUUAGAAUUUCAUGCUUUGCUCCAAAUAUUUUUUGUUGUCAAAAGUUCUGGAUUCAUUCCAAUAAUAUUAUCUCACUUUACAAUGGCAGCUUGUAAGACAAUAAGUAAGCUGUAAUUUUUAAUCAUAAUUAUUAUUGUAUUCUUUUUAGCCACUAUAGUUUCACACAGAAUAAGUUGUAUGAACAUAGCUAUUUAGUCUAAUGAGACCUAAUUGGAACUGAUAACAUUGGGAAUGUAUCUAUUAUAUACCUUUUUAAAAGUUUAGGUUUUGUUCAAAUUCUUUCAUUUAUAUUGUAAAUCUUAACAGUCUAGUCUGAAGAAUUGUUUGACAAUAUAUUAACUAAAUAUUGUUUGAUAGGAGGCCCUGGCUAUAGGUAGUGGUUUAGCGUUCCAGUGCCCCAUCUUAGAUUGCAUUGGUACUGAGUUUGAGUACAACUAAAUUUUAGAGUGUUCACAUCCUCUUCUUACUAAUGUAAUAUGAAAAAGACAGACAUAGUUUGACAGUUUUAAAUUUAAUUUAGAGCUGUCAAACCUCAUGACUUUAGUUUGAAGUAGUGUACACUAAAAUUUAGUUUUUAUAAUAUUUCGUGUUCUGUCUUUUUUUAGCAAUAUUGAAAAGAAAAAGAUGCAAAUACUUUUUUAGUUUAGAGAAAGACAACAGAAUCGGCGCCACUGUCACUUAUGGCUGACAUUAAUCAAUCUAUCUACCGGUCGAUAAGUACCUACUUAGCAAUGUUGUUUUAUUGUUCAAAAUUUUAUGGUAUUUUUUGCUUGUGUGUUGUUGUUUAGUAACUUAUCGAAAGGUUAUAGAUAGAUUAAUUUUGAUACUUAUGGCUGUUAGUGAUGGUUAACUUAUCAUUUUAUGGAAUAAAAAGCCAUAACUUCUUAAAGCUGGGUCUCCAUGCAGUAGUAAUAAUGCAACGUUAACAUAUUUAAAUGGUAGUUUCCCAAGGUUAACUAAAUACAUUGUUCCAAUAAUUAUUAUAACCUGCCAUUAUUCAUUAGUGUUACUAUAGUAAAUAAUAAGCCUAAAUUAGUGCUAUAACUCAUAUUAUAAGGUUCAACAUGGACCAGCAUUUUAGAAUUAAUUAAUGAAAAAAAUGAGUGAGGUGCUCAAUUUCUCAUACAUUUUUGAUAAUAAAUUUUUUGAUCAAAA